AUGAAAGUCCUUCACUUACUCACAACGACCAUCCUCGCUGCCUGUGUAGAUGCGCGCAGGCGAGUGACCUUCACAUCCUCCGCCGCCAAUGGCACUGAACUUGUGGGAUAUCACUACGCACCCGCUCAUCAGAACGGACCCGCACCAGCUGUGAUCAUCGCCCAUGGUCUCGGAGGUCUCCAGUCCUCUCGUCUGCAACCCUACGCCGAGAGAUUCGCCAAAGCAGGCUACCACGCCAUGACCUUUGAUUACCGCUACUGGGGCGAGAGCGCAGCGCCGUCAAGAAAUUUCCCCGGCGUCGACAAGAACCGUCUCAUAGUCUGGGGAACUUCUCUCUCCGGAGGCCACGCCCUUGAACUCGGAGCCAAAGACUAUCCCGAACUCGUCGCCGUCAUCGUUCAGGCCCCUCACGUCAACGGCCCAGCCACAAUCUCCGCACUCCCACCCGCGGACAUUCCCUCAAAAAUCGCCGCCGACGUUCAAGAUUCCUCAGGCGCAGGUCUCGGGCAAUCACCCUACUACAUUCCCCUCGCCAACGAGACAGGUCAACUCGGCCUCCUCACCCAAGCGGGUGCCGUGGAAGGGUACCGCUUCAUCCAAGCCGACCCUCCAGCUCCAGGCAACGUCGCCGCUGCUCGUUUCGUCACACAACUCCCCUUCUUCAGCCCGGAUUCCACGGCCGCCAAUAGCAAACUUCCAACUUACUUUGCUGUUGGAUCGGUCGAUAAUGUCACUCCUCCAGAUKCUGCUAUUGCUUUGGCUAAGAAGAUGAAUUCUGAGCUGCAUAUUAUUGAUGGUGCGGGACACUUUGAUGUUUACCCGGGCAAAUUUGCUUAUGAGCAGAAUAUUGCCAACCAGAUUAGUUUCUUGCAGAAGAAUGUACCUCUUUAG